UUCAGACUAGCUAUAAUAAAGCAUUUUUUUUAUAAAAUUUUUCUGACUACUGGAACGUACAAAUUAAGACUUGGAUUUGCCUGGAUUGGAAAGGGAAAACAACGCAGAAAACAUGGAGAGCGGGGCCUUGCUGGUGGAGCUCCAAAGAAACUCGACAAAUUUUGCAAAGGUAGUAGAAGAGAUUGUGAAGAUGGAAAAAAAGAUUUUCCCCAAGCACGAAUCACUUGCUAGAUCCUUUGAUGAAGAACUGAGAAAGAACAACUCUGGAUUGCUUUACAUGACGGAUGUUCAUGGAGAAGUUGUCGGCUACGUCAUGUAUUCUUGGCCCUCUUCACUUUCGGCUUCCAUCACAAAGCUUGCAGCAGUGAAGGAGAGCCAUAGAAGACAAGGCCAUGGGGAGGCAUUAUUAAAAGCAGCAAUUCAAAAAUGCAGGACCAGAAAUGUCCAUCGGUUAGCACUUCACGUUGAUCCUUUGAGAAUUGCAGCCAUGGGUCUUUACCAGAAGCUUGGUUUUCGAGUUGAUAGCUUGAUCAAGAGCUACUACUCCGCUGAUCGAGAUGCCAAUAGAAUGUAUUUGGAUUUUGAUUCAAACUAGUGGAAUAAGCUUAAAAACAUUUGCCAUUGUAAUUUAUUUGGGUUCAAUGAAAAAGAAGCUAAUAUGGAAGCGUGCAUUCAACGAAUCAUUUUGUUUUUGCAUUCAAACUGGCCAAUAUGUCAAUCAAUCCAGUGAUAAUGAAGACCUUGGGCACA